CCUGAAGAUUAACGCAUUCCAGCUCAUCCGUCUCCUGACCUUUGCUUGUCUGUCCCUUCGCUUCAACUUCUCUCUCUCGCUCCGAAUAAAAACAGCAGAGGAAAACGUGAGCAGAAACCGCAGAGAUAUUGAUCAAAAGCUGCGUUUUUUUCCCUUCUUUUUUUGGCAGCAAGUUAAUUCCACCCUCCACUCCUCCAUGUUCUUCUACUAGUGGCACAGCAGAGCGGCCACAACCGCUCACCUCACCACUCCUUCCUCCAAUUUCGCAUUCAAGGCGACUCCUUUGGUUAGAGUAGUAGAGGUGCACGAACCAAGAACCAGAAGCAGAAGCGGAAGCAGAGGCAGCAAUGCAGGGCUCCAAGACCAAAUCUGGCCAUGCCGAGGCGAAGAGCAACGGCAAGGCGGAGGCGAAGGGCACGCCGCCGACGCCCAAGAGCGCCAAGAUUGCGAGGAAGCCGGCCGUGCCCAAGGCGCCGCCGCGCCCCUCCGCCGACAAGUCCCAGUCCCCCGGCUCGGCCGACCGCAAGAAGAGCGCCUCCCGGAUCACCACCCCUCCAGAGAAGCAAGGGAAGGCGACGAAGCCCGCUCAGGAGUCGGUGGCCGCGAAGCCGUCGCCUCAAGAGCCGGUGGCCGUGAAGCCGUCGUCCCAGGAGCAGGAGCAGCAGGCGCUGCUGGCUGCAGUUCAGCAGGAGCUCGUGAAGGCCAAGGAGGAGUUGGUGGAGAAGGAGAAGGAGAGGGGGAAAGUCCUGGAUGAACUGGAGCGUGCCAAGAGGGCGGCUGAUGAGGCCAAUGCGAAGCUCCAGGAGGCGCUCGCUGCGCAGAGCAAGGCGGCGGAGGAGUCGGCGGCGGAGCAGUCCGGCGAUGCCGAAGCGGAGCAGGCGAGCGCGAGCAUGGAGGAUGAGCUGCGGACGAAGCUGGCGAGCAUGCAGAGCCAGCAGGAGGCUGACAUGGCCGCACUGCGUUCGACGGUGGAGCAGCUUGAGCAGGCCAGGUAUGAGCUAGCGGAUGCAAUCGAUGCCAAGAACGCGGCGCUUACCCAGGCAGAUGAUGCCAUGAGGGCUUCAGAUGAGAAUGCCGAGAAGAUCAAGCUCCUCGAUGCGGAGGUGGCGCAUCUCAAAGGGCUGCUUGAUUCCGAGGUAGGGAGCUCGUCAAAAGGUGCUGUGGAGCACAUUAGGAAGCUUGAAGAAGAGAACUCUGGAUUGAAGCUUGAGCUUGAGAAAGCAAAUGUCGCUGAGCAGAGGGCAGUUGAAUUGGAAGGUGUGGUUGAACAGCUUGAAGUUGAAAUCGCUGAUGUUAAGAAGGCGCGCGCGAGGUCAGAGGAGUUACUUGGCAAAUGGAAGACAAAAGCACUGGAAUUGGAGGUCAGGUUGGAGGAAGCUGAUCAGUCUAACAUUCUCAAGGGCGAGUCCUUAGAAUCAGCAAUGAAAGAAUUGGAUGCAAAAAUGACUCUGCUCCAAGAAAAAGAAUCUGAAAUCGAAGCACUUCAGGAUAAGGUCAGGUCUUUGGAGGAUGAAGUAGCCAAGCAGAAAGAAGAUUUUCAUACUGCUGAUAAGGAAGCUGAUGAAUUAAGGUUGGAGAUAGAAGACCUUAGGUUGAAGCUCGAAGCGGCGGAAGAAGACCUUAACAAUGACAAGAUUGCCAGUUCAGAAAUGGAAACCCUGAUUGAACAGAAGAACAUGCUAGCCAAGGAACUUGAAGCUAGCAAAGCUGAAGUUGAGAAGAUUAAGAAGGCCAUGGAGGGUCAAGCCUCUGCUUUGCACGAAAUGUCAGCUCAACUGAGAGUGGCGCAGGAGAAGUACCUAGAUAAACAAGAGGAGAUUGAUCGUGCUCGUGCACAGGUAGAGGAGCUCAAUGUAAGUCUGCAGAAUACAAAGGAGAGCUAUGAGGUAAUGCUUGACGAAGCAAACUAUGAAAAAGUUUGUCUCAAGAAGUCAGUUGAGAGAAUGGAAGCAGAAACCAAGAGUGCGUCUGAGGAAUGGCAGUCCAAAGAGCUAAGUUUUGUUAACUCAAUUAAAAAAUCAGAAGAAGAAAUCAUCAACGCCAGAGCUCAGAUGGACAAGACCUUGGAGGCUGUAAAAGGCAAAGAAAGUGAAAAUGCUGAGUUACAGGAGAAGUUGAAGCAUCUUGAAGCUCAGCUAAUGGAAGCUAACAAAACAUGCGAGGAAGCCAAGGCCGAGACCUUCCAGUGGAAGGAAAAGCUACUAGACAAAGAAAAUGAGUUGCAGAACAUAAAACAAGAGAACGAUGAUUUGCAAGCAAAGGAACUUGUUGCUUCUGAGAAGAUAAAGGAGCUCUCCGUGCUUGCAAAUGCAAAAGAUGGAGCUACAAAUGGUAGUCACAAGGAAGAAAGUAAUGUCAAGGGGGACAGCGAGGAUGAUGAACCGGUAAUGGUAGUUGCAAAGAUGUGGGAGAACAGCAAGGUUACUGAUGAUGCCUCAUCUAAGGAGAAGGGAAACGAUGGUGAAUCAGAAGUUGAUUUAGAGUCCAACACGGGAGAUUCCAUUGUUGAUGGCAAUGGUUUGCACUCCACGACGGCGAGCAAUGGCAACGCAUCACCGCCCAAGCAGCAGCCGCAAAAGAAGAAGCCCUUGCUGAAGAAAUUUGGUGGUCUGCUGAAGAAGAAAACCCAACCUUAGCAUAAAUUCUGAUGACAUUUCUUUGUUUUGUGCUAUAUGGCAUCUCUUUCUUUGACUGGUCAUCUAGCUUCUGGGUAUUGCCUCAUCAUGGUAAAAAAAAAUGUUGGGUGUUUUAAGAGAAUACAAAUGGUCGAUUGUAUUUACAACCGUUUGUUUAUUCCUUGUGCAUGUUUGAUCGUCAUUCAUAUUCUAGUUAUUGUAUUUAUUGUUAUUGAUGUAUAAUAUGCCUUGAUAAUGUUGCUGUAAAAGGAGCAGAAAUUUUCAAUUUGAUUGGUACAGAUUCAUUUGAGAACAUAUAUAGUUUAAGUGCACUAUUCAUCUCAA